GUUUUUUCAGUCCAACAGGAUCCAUAGAAUAAAAGAAACAGCCUGUUUUGCUUUGGAUUGAAAUGAAUUCUCAAAUUAAACAUGAUGGAGGGGAGAGUUUUCAGCUUCGAGGUCGAAAUUUCUUCAGCGGUCAAGGUUUUUACACCGUGUAUUAAAGGGGAAUUUUUUAACUUGUUUCUUUAGCUCAGUCAUUUUUGACCGUCAGAUUUGGUACUUUGAUUUCGAGCCGUUAAAUUUGAUACUGCGAUUAAUUUUUGUUUUGCCCUCGGUUCACUCGUACUUCAAUUUUUCCAUUAGCUGAAGAAAGAGCAAAGAAAACAUUUUAUUUUUCUUUUUUCUCUGCGAGAAGAGAAAUACGAUAGAGGUUUUCAUAUCCCAUAUAACCUGAAACUCAAGCGAUGGAAGGGAUUGAGCAGUGGAAGGAUCAAUUAGAGCAGUUGAAGAUUCAAUUGGAGCCAUGGAAGAUUCAACUGGAGCAGUGGUUGCAUCAAGCAAUUGAAUAUUUGGAUCAAAUACCCCCAAUUCAACUCUAUGCUGCUAUUGCUGUCUUGUUCAUAUCUACCCUCUUGCUUUUCUCCAUCCGCUUGUUCAAGCGCACUAAAUCAAAUACCAUAGUACUCACAGGCCUUAGUGGGAGCGGUAAAACAGUUCUUUUCUAUGUGCUUCGUGAUGGUUCCUCACAUCAGGGUACUGUCACAUCCAUGGAACCAAAUGAGGGCACUUUCGUGCUAAACUCCGAAAGUAAUAAGAAGGGCAAAAUUAAGCCGGUUCAUCUUGUUGAUGUUCCUGGUCAUUCUCGUCUUCGGCCCAAACUGGACGAAUUCUUGCCUCAAGCAGCUGGCAUUGUGUUUGUUGUGGAUGCUGUGGAGUUCUUACCAAGUUGCCCUUCAGUUUCGGAAUAUCUGUAUGAUAUUCUGACCAAGGCCAGUGUGGUUAAGAAGAAAAUUCCAGUUCUCAUCUGUUGCAAUAAAUCCGACAAAGUGACUGCACAUACCAAGGUGUUCAUCAGAAAGCAAAUAGAAAAGGAAAUUGAGAAACUGCGGGCAUCAAGAAGUGCAAUAUCAGCAGCUGAUAUUUCAAAUGAUUUCACUCUCGGAGUAUCUGGAGAAGUAUUUUCAUUCACUCAGUGUAGAAAUGCGGUUACCGUUGCAGAUGCUUCAGGUUUGAAUGGGGAAGUAGCACAGGUAGAAAAGUUUAUCAGGGAACAUGUAAAGCCCUAAGGCGAAACCAUUCUGAUUUAAUUUUUCUGUAAAACUCUUGUUAAACUGGUUUGAGUUUUCAUCUUGAACGUUUAAGGCCCAUGGAAGACCAUUGAAUUUGAAAGAAAA